AUGGAGGUGGUCGAUAUUCCCUUCGACCGCACGACCGAGUGGCUGCUGGAGCGCCGGAUUGUCGGCGCCAGCUACACCAAGAGCUUGCGCACCGUGCACGCCCGCCUCGCCGCUGCGCUCGCCGCCGAGCGGCCGGCCGAGGCGCCGGCGGUCGCGCAGCUCGUGCCGCCGGGGACAGAGCGGGCGUCGCUCACGUACUUCGACGCCAAGGCGGUGAUGCAGGCGCUGCUCGACGCCGGGCUGGGCGAGAAGACGCUCUUCGGCGGGUACUCGAACGCGCACACGGCGCAGUGGGCGGACAUCGUCCGCCGCUUCGAGGCGGGCUCGAUCCACCUCGCCGACGCCGCCUCGGCGAUGGCGCAAGCCGUCGGGUACGAGCUGCCCGCGCUGAAGAAGGAGGCGGCGCGCGCCGAGAAGGAGCUGUCGGAGCUUGUGCGGCGGCAGGGCGAGUACGAGCGGCUGGCGGCGGCGGCCGAGGAGCGCUACGUCGCUGCGUGCGACAAGAAGGGCCUCGGCACCGACUGCUCCCGCGAGGAGAUCGGGCGGCGGCUGCGCGAGUCGCGCUCGCUGCUGCGCGCGACGCUCGGAUGCCCAGAUGCCGCAUGCACACCCGUGUUCUCCGACGAGCAGUUCGCGCGCGUCGCGGCGCUCUGCCAGAGCGAGGAGAUGGGUGGGGCGGUUGAGUACUACCUCGCGUACGCCGCCGCCAGGCUCGGCGCCGACGUCGGCGCCAAGGCGGCGCCACCCGACGUGACGGCGGACGGCGCGGACAGGGCUGGCAAGGCAGUCCGCCAGCCCGCGCCGUCGAGCGAGGGGCUUCCGCCGGCGCUUCAGCUCGACGGCGCGGAGAUCGAGGCGCGGCGCGACUGCGUGCGGCGCGCGCGUGCCGAACUCGAGGGCGAGCACACGCGCCAUUUGCUGCUGCUCGGUGAGCCGAAGUACCUCGAACGGCAGGAGGCGUCGCUGCGGCAGCAGCUCGACUCGGCGCGCAAGAUGGGCGCGCUUGCGGGCAGCCUCGCCACGCGGCAGGCGGAGCUGCGCCUUGAGCUCUCCGAGGCGCGCCCGCGGUAUGCGGCGGCGGUCGCGAAGGUCAAGAAGUUGCAGGCCGACUUCGAGGCGACGCUCUCGGAGCUGCACUUCGGAGGCAAGCGCGUCAAUUUGAUGGGCGCAAUCAAUGCGCUCUAGAAGCUGCACCGGCUGCUGCGCGCCAAGCGCUGUUCUCUUUUGUAGUAAAACGCAUCGCCCGCUAAAAA